GUCAGGCUGUUUGCUUACAGAUGCAUCAUAAGCCAAAUUGUGAGCCAUAAUAGUGGCACUGAAUUUCUAAAUACAAGAAAUUGCUUAGACAGUUGGUUUAGUAUCUGUCUAUGGGCAAUACUCUGUCCUGCAGUAGGCAACAUGUCAGCUGAAACACCACUCACACUGAAUAUUGAUCCUCAGGAUUUGCGGGUCCAAACAUUCACUGUGGAGAAGCUGUUGGAGCCUCUCAUAAUCCAGGUUACUACACUUGUAAAUUGUCCCCAGAAUCCUUCCAACAGGAAAAAAGGACGUUCAAAACGAGCCAGAGUCCUUCUAGCUUCUGUGGAGGAAGCAACUUGGAAUUUAUUAGACAAGGGAGAGAAGAUCGCCCAGGAAGCCACAGUUUUAAAGGAAGAGCUUACUGCUGCACUUGAGGAAGUUCGCAAAGAAAGUGAAGCUCUGAAAGUAUCAGCUGAGAGAUUUGCAGAUGACCCCUGUUAUCUCCCGAAAAGGGAGGCUGUGGUUCAAGCUGCUCGUGCCUUGUUGGCUGCAGUUACCAGACUCCUUAUCCUCGCAGACAUGAUUGAUGUCGUGUGUCUUUUGCAGCACGUGUCAGCUUUUCAAAGGACACUUGAGUCUCUUAAAAAUGUUUCCAACAAAUCUGACCUCCAGCAAACCUACCAGAAGCUUGGGAAGGAGCUGGAAAAUCUGGAUUAUUUAGCCUUCAAACGUCAGCAGGACUUAAAAUCGCCAAAUCAGAGGGAUGAAAUCGCAGGGGCCCGGGCCUCCUUGAAGGAGAACUCCCCGCUCUUGCAUUCAAUUUGUUCCGCUUGUUUGGAACAUUCUGAUGUUGCUUCCCUCAAAGCCAGCAAGGACACAGUUUGUGAAGAAAUUCAGAAUGCCCUCAGUGUAAUUUCAAAUGCUUCACAAGGUAUCCAGAAUAUGCUUGUCCCACCAGAACCCCAGGCAGCAACUCUGGGAAGUGCCCUUGAUGAGCUUGAGAAUUUAAUUGUCUUGGAUCCACUCACAGUGACUGAGGAGGAAAUAAGACCAUCACUAGAGAAACGUCUUGAAGCCAUUAUCAGUGGGGCUGCUCUGUUGGCUGACUCUUCAUGCACGAGGGAUUUUCAUCGGGAGCGGAUUAUCGCAGAAUGCAAUGCCAUUCGCCAGGCUCUCCAGGACCUGCUUUCAGAAUACAUGAACAAUGCUGGAAAAAAGGAAAGGAGUAAUACCCUGAAUAUUGCAAUUGACAACAUGUGCAAGAAAACAAGAGACCUUCGCAGACAGCUCCGCAAGGCUAUUAUAGAUCAUGUGUCAGACUCCUUUUUGGAUACGACAGUCCCACUUUUGGUUCUUAUUGAAGCUGCCAAGAAUGGCCGGGAAAAGGAAAUAAAAGAAUAUGCUGCAAUAUUUCGUGAACACACCAGCAGGCUUGUAGAGGUGGCAAAUCUUGCUUGUUCCAUGUCAACAAAUGAAGAUGGGAUUAAAAUUGUCAAAACUGCAGCCAAUCACCUGGAAACCUUGUGUCCACAGAUUAUAAAUGCUGCACUUGCUUUGGCUGCAAGACCCAAAAGUCAAGUCGUCAAAAAAACCAUGGAAAUGUACAAGCGCACGUGGGAGAAUCAUAUUCAUGUCCUCACUGAAGCUGUAGAUGACAUUACAAGCAUUGAUGACUUCCUUGCUGUAUCUGAGAGUCAUAUCCUAGAAGAUGUCAACAAAUGUAUCAUAGCCUUGAGAGACCAGGAUGCUGAUAAUUUAGACCGUGCUGCAGGUGCUAUCAGAGGACGGGCAGCAAGAGUUGCUCACAUUGUCACAGGUGAAAUGGACAGUUACGAGCCGGGGGCUUACACUGAAGGUGUGAUGAGAAAUGUUAACUUCCUUACGAGUACUGCCAUUCCUGAGUUUGUGACACAAGUGAAUGUCGCCUUGGAAGCCUUAAGUAAAAACUCUAUGGAUGUAUUUGAUGAUAAUCAAUUUGUGGACAUCUCAAAGAAGAUCUAUGAUACAAUUCAUGAUAUCAGAUGUUCAGUCAUGAUGAUUCGGACCCCAGAGGAACUGGAGGAAGUUUCUGACCUGGAAGAGGAUCAUGAGGUCCGCAGUCACACCAGUGUUCAGACUGAAGGGAAAACUGACCGGGCUAAGAUGACUCAAUUGCCUGAGGCAGAAAAGGAAAAGAUUGCUGAGCAAGUUGCUGAUUUCAAGAAAGUAAAGAGUAAGCUGGAUGCUGAGAUUGAGAUAUGGGAUGAUACAAGCAACGAUAUCAUUGUUCUGGCCAAGAAGAUGUGUAUGAUCAUGAUGGAGAUGACAGACUUUACAAGGGGCAAAGGACCACUGAAGCAUACAACUGAAGUGAUCUAUGCAGCUAAAAUGAUAUCAGAAUCAGGAUCAAGGAUGGACGUCCUGGCUCGGCAGAUUGCCAACCAGUGUCCAGAUCCAUCAUGCAAACAAGACUUGUUGGCCUACUUGGAACAGAUUAAGUUCUACUCUCACCAACUGAAAAUCUGCAGUCAAGUUAAAGCUGAGAUCCAGAACCUGGGGGGAGAGCUCAUCAUGUCAGCUUUGGACAGCGUUACCUCCUUGAUCCAAGCAGCCAAAAAUUUAAUGAACGCCGUAGUGCAAACAGUGAAAAUGUCUUACAUUGCCUCAACCAAGAUCAUCCGAAUUCAGAGUCCUGCUGGGCCCCGGCACCCAGUUGUGAUGUGGAGAAUGAAGGCUCCUGCAAAAAAACCUUUGAUUAAAAGAGAAAAGCCAGAGGAAACUUGUGCAGCUGUCAGACGAGGCUCAGCUAAGAAAAAAAUCCACCCAGUGCAAGUCAUGAGUGAAUUUAGAGGAAGACAUGUCUACUGAAACCAUUGUUCUAUUCUUGUGCCUAUAUUAUAAAGUCCUGGCUAAGCACACUGCUUUAUUUUUACACUUGAUUAGUUCCAUGAGUUCACUAACUUUUAGAGUUUAACCCACAAAUAACGUAAAACAUUGGAGGCUUAACCAACAUUAGCAACAUGUAUUUGGGAUCUUGUCAUUGUCAUCUCUAUAUGGCCAGCACCUAAUAAGUAGUCACUAUAUGCUUGUUGAAUGAAUGAAAACUUCAGGUGUCAUUCAGCCUUUCCCAUCACAGAGAAUUUCUCACAUUCAUUACCAAAUGAACAUAGGAGACUAAAGUGAGUCCUGUUCAUGUGUAAUAGCUUGUGUGCACUCAGUUUUCAUUUUGAAUUAAAACAUUGACAUGAGCUCUUGACUUGGUUUUCAAUGGAAACAAAAAACUUCAUGAAAUCUUUUCCCAUUUAAUCUCCAUAUUUUCUUUACGUGACCUGAUCUGACCUGACAGACGCUUGUGACUAUAGGAAAAAAAUGUCAAUCUCUAGAUAUCUGUAUCUAUUGUCAACUGAUUACGCUAACAUUCAGCAGAAACUAACCAAGCUUGAGCAGUCAAGCUACUUCCUGGAUUUUUAAGUCAGCCUUGAUUAUUAAUGAAGCAAUUUAUUAACAUUAUAAGGUUACAAUGAGCUUUGAUGCCACAACAUGCCUUUUAGGGUUCCAUCGUGUUUAGCAGUUCUGCACAAUGAGUGUUGAGUUUAAAUGGAUCCAUCAGAAUGCAAACAUGGAGGAAGAGUUACCACCCACUUGGGAAAUGAGACAUCUAACUAUAUCCCCCAGUGAGUUAUGAUGACAGAAAUGUAAGGAGUUCUGCAUGACUCCAAAAACCCAUUUGUAUCAGCUUGCAAUUAUAAUUAAACAGAAAAGGCCAGUUGGAAAAACCUUUUGGCAUUGAGUAAAAUAUAACUGUGUGAAUUGUACCAUUGAACUAUGAAGUAGAGUUAAUGGCAAUGAAACUGGAGUGACUUUAAUAACAUUCUUUUAAAUAAAAGUCAUUGAGGUCA